AUGGUAAAGAACUAACAAAAAUAGAUUUGGUAAAUCGCCCAAGUUUAGAAUUAUAGGUACAUAGUAGUACUUAAAAGAAUUUUACAUCUAAUCAGUUUGAACAAAAUAAAAAAUUUUAACCUUACAUAAAUUCGUUUCAAGGCAUAGCCACUGAAGUAGAUAUAAAUUCAUUAGAUAAUGAUUAAGAUUUAAAAAUUAUUACACCUAAUUAUUAAUCUACUCCUAAAACUAAUUUUAAUUUUGAUUUCAAUCAAAUUAAAACUAUUGAAGAGGAGGAAACAAAAAGAUCUACAUCUCAUUAAAAGUAAAUUUAAAGAGAUAAUAUGCACAGUCCUACUAAAAAUGAAGGGUAAGAUCAAUACAGUUCUUAAUCUUCUUCAUCGAUUUGUUCAAAUGAUUUAUAAUUUUAAUAAAAUAUGCUAAAUUAAUAACUGA